CCCAACCCGUCACCAACACGAGGAUCAACAACACCAACUUACCAUGAUCAGCUGCUGUUGCCCUGCUGGUCGCCUGCUGCCCUCCUGCUGUGUCCGCCGCCGUUGAAGGGAGAGGGGAGAGAAGCGCGAGACGAGGGGGACGCCCUUCCGCCGAGAUGGAGCUGGACAAGUGGCCCAUUUUCAGCCUCCUGAAGCCGGAGUUCAUUGAGAAGAUGAGGAUGGCCUGUGUCUUCGGCAGCCUAGGUAACGAAGCUGUCAUAGUAACCAAAGACGACGAUGUCUAUGCCCUUGGGUUCAACGGCUCAGGAUGUCUUGGGGUUGGAGAUCAGAACAGCACCAUGGAACCCCGUAAGAUUGAACCUCUCUGCCAGAAAAAAGUCAAAGGAGUAGCAUAUGGCAGUGGACCACAUGUUCUAGCAUACACAGAGAGUGGAGAGCUCUACUCAUGGGGCCACAACGGCUAUUGCCAGCUGGGCAAUGGCUCCACCAAUCAGGGGCUUACACCAUACCUCGUUACAACACACCUUCACAAUAAGAGGGUCACGCGGAUUGCUGCUGGGUCACACCACUCACUUGCUCUCACAGAGGAGGGAGAGGUACUAGCCUGGGGUCAGAAUAACUGCGGCCAGGUUGGCUCUGGCACGACAACAAACCAGCCCACACCAAGAAAAGUGAUAGCAAGCAUAGGAGGCAGAAGGGUCGUGGACAUUGCUUGCGGACAGACUUCCUCUAUGGCCGUGAUGGACAACGGGGAGGUUUAUGGAUGGGGUCUGAACAGCAAUGGACAGUUAGGCCUUGGCAACAAUGUGAACCAACACAACCCUUGCAGAGUCACGGCUCUACAAGGAGUCGUCAUCACAAAGAUUGUAUGUGGCUACUCACACACACUUGCCCUGAGUGAUGAGGGUAGCCUUUGGGCAUGGGGUGCCAAUGGUUAUGGCCAACUGGGCACGGGUAACAAGGCCAACCAGUGCGCACCUGUCAGAGUAGCACAGGAUAUUGGACGUAUUGUGGACAUUGCAUCAACACAUUACUGUCACUUGUCAGCUGCCAUGACUCAAAAUUCCAAAGUAUACCUCUGGGGACACUGCAAAGGCCAGAGUGUAGUUGGUCCUCUGGAAACAGGUUUUAGUAGUCUCCAUGAGGUGUUUGCACUCUGGGCAUCUCCAAGUGUGACAUAUGAACCUCUCAACGUUACCUCUUUCACCCGCUCAUCUCUAGCACAAGCGAUGGCACUAGCACUAGAUGAUGAGGAAACAGCAGACGUAGUCUUUGUGGUGGAUGACCGAAGGAUAAGAGCCCAUCGAGCAGUGCUGAAAAUUAGGUGUCAGUAUUUCCGCAACAUGUUCCAAGAGCACUGGAAAGAAAAUAGCCUAGAAGAAGUUGAAGUGAAAGACUACUCAUUUGUAGUGUUUCGAGCCUUUUUGCAGUACAUCUAUACAGACACAGUCAACGUUUCACCAGAAGAUGCAAUAGGUUUAUUAGACUUAGCAAAUGCAUACUGUGAAGAAGCCCUAAAGCGACACUGCGAGAGAAUAAUUCGCCAUGGCAUUACCACAGAGAACGCUGCCAUGCUCUAUGCUGUUGCCAUUAAAUAUGAAGCGACGGAAUUGGAGGAGUUUUGCUUCCGCUUUGCCCUCAACCACAUGACGGAAGUCGCACAAACGGAAGCCUUCAUGGCCCUCGAUGAAUUGACAGUGAAGAACUUCAUCCAGCGAGCAGCACAGCAUGGUGCAUUUAAGUACUGAUAUUCUAGCUACUUGUUGAUGAGAAUCUCACAACAACAACAGCAGCCGAGGCAUGGUCACCAUUCUUAACAUAACACAAGUUUAAGGGGCGGACAACGAGGGUCAGGAAUGCGAUGGUCAGGGGGGUGCUGACGACGAUAAGCUUUCUUAUGGUAUGGGACAUAAUGGUAGGGAUAUUGGGACGUUUUUCUCAAAAAACAAAGUACAAGAGUGGAAAAUAUAUUAAAAGGUGUGUGAUAGUGAUAGGGCUUAUACUUAAAAAAGUGACUUGAAUCUCCUGCUUUGACAAAAUAAAAGUGUACAUGGAACUAUUGUACUUUUUGUACCAUUGGCUAAUAUUUAGUAGAUAGGGCAGAAAAAUGGUAUAUUUGAUCGACGGAGGGAACAAUUUAUUUCCGAAUCUUGUAGCAUCUGAAAUCCUGGUCUCCAUGUGGGUAGAUGUGUUUCAGCCCAUGAAGUAUAUAAAUGUCUACUGAUUCACUUUUCUUCUGAUUCACUUCUACCAAUUUAAGUUGCAUGGUUCACACGCAAUUCUCACAUUCCCUUUCUCCAAUGAGGUUAUGUGUCAUAAGGCAAUAUUCAAGAAUGUGGUCGUGGGUGGCCCUGACAUAAUUUACCAGGCAAGAACCACGUGGCAACAGGUGAUAGGUAUUUACAGCCAGUUAUUAUGUAGGGCACCAGACACCAACACCUAAGGUGGGGCAGUUCUUGGUUAUGGCCAUUUUUCUUGGGUGUUCCAGUCCGAGGAAUUACAAUUUGGUGGUUUCUUAUGUGCUUUGUGUUUUGCUUUAUGAUUUUAUGUCAUAUGUUUUUGAUACCAAAGAUAAUGAAAUAAGAUAGGAAACUCAAGUUUGUAUGUGUUUUGUUUUUGUUGGAGUAAAUGAGAAAUGUUUUUAUAAGAUUUGAAAACUUGAGUUUAUAGAUUGUGUAGAUCGUAAUGAAAGUAUCUGAAUUAGUAGUUUUCAUUUCUCUUCAGUCAUAGCAGGUGCAUACGAAGAACUAUGAAUAGGCAACAAAAAUAAAAAUAAUUAUACUUCACUGAAAAAGUGUAACGAACUUAUUUUCCAUCCCCGUUCAUUGAUUUAUAUAGGUGUUAUGAACUAGUCUUUUGAAAUGCAAGUCAUUUAUAUUCACCUUGAUAGUUUUGUCGACUUCCUAUUUUGUUAGAUAUCUUAACAUGUUUUACAGUCACUUUUUUAUCCCUGCCUCCAUAUAUGCCUCCCUUCUGGGUAGAAGCAAAAGUGAUAAGGGUUGCUAUUAAUUUUUUAUUCUUCUUUUCUUUGAAAAGUCAUUUCUGGACAUAUUUUGUUGAUUUCACAUCCUUUCCAUUUUGGAAAGUACUUUCUAUCUUUUUUGGGUUAGUUUUUUGGUUUGUUUUUUAUGGUAAAAUAGCUAUUGUUGGUCCUUUUCAAGUCAGUUCUUUUAUUUCUUCCUUUGUGGAUCUUCUUUGGAAGGUUAGUCAAAGGUGAGUCAAUCAGUGCUAAGGAAUAGUUAGGGGUUAGUAAUAGAGGCUUUACAAGUAGUCCUUAAUAAAAAAAAAUUCUUUCCUUUCUUUUUUUUCAUUUCUUUCCACGAGUUUUGAUCAGCAUCAUUUGUAAAUGGAAUAGAAUGUAGGGUUUAUCAUUUUGUAUUGUCGUAAGGUAGGUUUAUUUUGGUACUACCGUUUCUGUGGUUGUUUGCAUCAGAUGUUUCAUAUUUUUCUUUUCUAUCUUUUAAAGGAAUGAAUGAAUUGUCAAGUCUUCCAUACACAAGAACAUUGUGUGUAAGAGUAUCAAUGAAAGUACUGAUGACUUACAAGUUUUCAGGGAUUGUGUAUCAACAGGAUGAUGCAAAUAUUUCCAAUACUUUGAUGAAGAUAUGAAAGCUUGUGAAGACUUGUGUUGCAGCUUGAUUUUCCAUUCUUGCGUUUUAGUGGCUCGUUUAUCUUUUUCUUUUUCUUUUUUUUUUUUUACUUCCCUUCUCUGAGUCAUAUGCAGGAAAGUUGAGUGGGUGGUGCUCCAUGGCACAAGGAAAGCAGCAGGGGAAAUAGAGGCUGAUCAGAUGCCCAUCAUAGGUGCUAACCUGAAAAUUUUUAAAGGACAAAAGGGUUUAUAUUUAAAUUUCACAGAAUUACAGGAGAGAUUUUUGCUCAAAUGUUAGUGUAAGAAGAAGUCCCAGAGUAUGUGAAAUUUCAGACUGAAAACAAAUUUCUGAUCCAUAAGUAGCUGUGUGUGUUGAGAUUCUUGUCAACAAGUAGGGUAUGUCUGACUGUACCGGCAGUGGUGGAGAGAUUUGAUGAUGAAGAUUUCCGGGCAAAGCUCAAAUAAGGCUUUGUGGAAGUGUUUCUAAUGGUAGUGAAUAAAUAGUGUGACCAAAUGUA